AUGUGGAUAGCACCCGUACGAGAGGAAAGCACGGUAGCGGGCGUCCAGUGCUGGCGCUCCGCCAACAAGGUGAAUGCCACUAUUGCACGCACCGCGCCACGCAACCCACUUUACCCGACACGCGGAAACGGCUCGUCCGGGGAAAUACCAUGGCUUCCAGAAGACAAGCGUGAAGUGGAAGUCCACUCGUCCAGUCUUCUGGGUCUUGACGCCCACCAACAUGGGUGUCAUUGCACGUUAUUCGGUUGGAAGAAAAAAACCCACCGGAGGCGUUCCCGCGCAAUCGAGGCGGAUGUGCCUCCCGCCAAUGGGCGAGGAGAACACGGCAUAUUCAUAACGAUAUUACCGUCGACGGAGUUGCGGCGUCAUCAUAAUUCAUAUAUAAUAACCCUUCCGCCGCCGGAGCGACGCGGCGCACCGCCCUGCCUCUCGUUCCCUCGCCCGCCGUCUCCUCACGAGAAACAGAGACGCCCGUCGCUUCGCUACAUGUCA